AGUCAGGUGGUUCAGGAUGCGCGCCUGGCGGGGCAGCCGGCUCGGGAGUCGAGGGCGGCUGGGCGCUGCAGCUCCAUGACCGCCCGCAGUCGCGUCCUUCGCCUCUCGGCGCCCUGUCGGGGUAGCACCUGCUGUCGGCAGCCGUGGCCGAAUGAGCAAUAGGCGGCUCCCGCCGCAGGCAGCGCCUCCCCCCUUAUGGAGGAGCCGCUCCCUUCUCCUUCUCCUCCUCCAUGGAGCCCUUCUCAGUACGCAGCCCGCGCCGCCCCGGCCCCCCGCGUCUGGGGGAGGGCGAGGAUGAAGAGGAGGGGGCGGCGGCGGCGGGGCUGCUGCGGGGGGCCAGUCCCGGCCGGGCGCAGGCGGGAGCGGCCUCGGGGGGUGGAGGCGGUGGCGGCGGCGGCAGCAGCAGCAGCGACGGCGGGGCCGACCUCUGGACCGCGGUGUUCGAGUACGAGGCGUGCGGCGAGGACGAGCUGAGCCUGCGCCCGGGCGACGUGGUGCAGGUGCUCUCGCAGGACUCGCAGGUGUCCGGCGACGAAGGCUGGUGGACGGGCCAGAUCGACCAGCGCGUCGGCAUCUUCCCCAGCAACUACGUGACCAGUAGCAGCAGCAGCACCUGCCUCUGCCGCCGCCUCGGCCAAGGGGCCGCCGCCGCCGCCGACCAGCCCCACUACCCGCAGUCCCCGGCCAUACAGUUGCUGGAGAUUGACUUCUCAGAACUGGUUCUGGAGGAAAUAAUUGGCAUAGGAGGUUUUGGAAAGGUCUAUCGUGCAGUUUGGCUUGGAGGGGAAGUUGCUGUCAAAGCAGCUCGCUAUGAUCCAGAUGAAGACAUCAGUGAAGCUAUUGAGAAUGUCCGACAAGAAGCCAAGCUCUUUGCAAUGCUAAAACAUCCCAACAUCAUUGCCCUUAAAGGUGUAUGUUUAAAGGAACCUGACCUGUGCUUAAUCAUGGAGUUUGCCCGUGGAGGGUCACUAAAUAGGGUGCUGUCUGGCAAAAGAAUUCCACCAGACAUACUGGUAAACUGGGCUGUCCAGAUCGCUGGAGGAAUGAACUACUUGCACGAUGAAGCAAUUGUUCCUAUUAUUCAUCGGGAUCUCAAGUCCAGCAACAUAUUGAUACUUGAGAAGGUGGAAAAUGGAGACCUGAGCAACAAGAACUUGAAGAUCACAGAUUUUGGCUUGGCCAGAGAAUGGCAUAGGACAACCAAAAUGAGUGCAGCUGGGACGUAUGCCUGGAUGGCUCCUGAGGUCAUCCGCUCCUCCAUGUUCUCUAAAGGCAGUGAUGUGUGGAGCUAUGGUGUGUUGCUUUGGGAACUGCUAACUGGGGAAGUGCCAUUUCGAGGAAUUGAUGGCCUAGCAGUAGCAUAUGGUGUUGCCAUGAAUAAACUUGCGCUUCCAAUUCCUUCAACAUGCCCAGAACCUUUUGCUAGACUGAUGGAAGAUUGCUGGAAUGCUGACCCUCAUUCAAGGCCAUCAUUUGCAAGUAUUCUGAACCACUUGACCAACAUAGAGGAGUCUGGUUUCUUUGAAAUGCCGAAAGACUCUUUCCAUUCCCUGCAAGAAGACUGGAAACUUGAGAUUCAGGAGAUGUUUGACCAACUCAGGGCCAAAGAAAAGGAGUUGAGAACCUGGGAAGAGGAGUUAACUCGAGCAGCAGUCCAACAGAAGAACCACGAGGAGCUGCUGCGGCGAAGGGAGCAAGAGCUGGCCGAACGGGAGAUUGACAUCUUGGAGCGGGAACUCAACAUAAUCAUUCACCAACUGUGCCAGGAGAAGCCCCAUGUGAAAAAACGCAUGGGCAAGUUCAGGAAGAACCGACUCAAGUUGAAAGAUGGCAACCGCAUUAGUCUCCCUUCUGAUUUCCAGCACAAAUUCACGGUGCAAGCAUCUCCAACCAUGGAUAAAAGGAAAAGUUUGAUCAGUAGCUGCUCCAGCCCUCCUGCCAGUCCUACCAUCAUUCCCAGACUCAGGGCCAUCCAGUUAACUCCCAGUGAAAGCAUCAAAACAUGGGGGCGUAGCUCUGUAUCUCAGAAAGAGGAGGAGGAGAGAGAAGAAAAGAGAGGCCAGAAGAAGAAAGGUCGCACGUGGGGGCCAAGUUCACUUUGUCAUAAGGAGCUAACAGCAGGCGAGGAUGGACUGAAGUCCCUAGUAGAUGGCUACAAGCAGUGGUCAUCCAGUGCUCCAAACCUAGGAAAGGUCCAGAGAACAGCCAUCAUUUUGCCAGGAUUUUCAAGCCUAGCAGAGAUGGAAAAUGAAGACAGCGAUUCUUGGAAAAAUGGAGAGAGCAAAGUGCAGCCAUCACCUGGGUCUAACCAAUCAUACCUCUGCAUCCCAUUUCAGAAGAAUGAGGACUAUGAUGGCCAGUCCAGUGAUGCCAAUGAGGAGUCCACUCCCAUGAACUCUGCCACAAGCACCCCUCAGCUCACCCCCACUAACAGUCUCAAGCGUGGGGGCUCCCAGUACAAGCGGUGUGAGCUUGCCUUUGUGGGCUGUGGGGCUGUGCUAGCUGCUGCUGGCCUAGGCUUUGAUCUCUUGGAAGCUGGCAAGUUCCAGCUGCUAACCCAGGAUGAGUUGGAUGCUCCCAAGGAGGAGAAGAAGAAACGUGACAGUAUCUUCCAGAGGGCAGGGCGCUCCCAUCGCAGCACCAGCCCACCUUCAAGGAAGCUGUUCAAGAAAGAGGAGCCCAUGUUUUUGCUGGGCGAGCCAUCCAGCUCCUUGACUCUGCUCUCCUUGUCUUCCAUUUCUGAAUGUAACUCCACCCGCUCCCUGCUGCGCUCAGACAGUGAUGAGAUUGUGGUGUAUGAAAUGCCUGCCAGCCCUGUGACGGUGAAGGCUCCCUUGCCAGUAGCUUGUAACCCACUGGUUAAUAUCCGUGUUGAGAAGUUCAAGCGGGAUCCCAACCAGUCCUUGACCCCCACACAUGUGACUCUUUCUUCUGCAGCUAAGCAAGGGGGGCACAGGCGCACUCCCUCUGAUGGUGCCAUAAAAGUGGCUGGCCUGCUUGCCAAUGGAUGCCCUUCCAGUAGUUCUCCUACUGCAGCACUGGGAGCAGGUAUAAUCAAAACUCCUAGCCCAAGUCAGGGUCCAAAUGAAGUCCCUCGUCUGCCAGACCCCAAUCUCAUCUUCCCUCCAACCCCCAGGCGCUAUAAUGCUCAGCAGGACUCCAUGCUGGAGAGACCCAAGACCUUGGAAUUCCUUCCUAGGCCACGCCCUUCAGCUAACAGGCAGCGCCUUGACCCCUGGUGGUUUGCAUCCCCCAGUAAUGCUAGAGGCGAGUCUUCCGCUAAUAGCUCCAGUACUGAAACUCCCAGUAAUCUGGACUCCUGCUUUGCCAGCAGUAGCAGCACCAUUGAAGAGAGGCCUGCACUGCUUCCUUUACAUGUCAGACUACCUGAAGAGGAGCGGACGCUGUUGGACUUGGAUGUUGAAGGCCAGAGCAAAGACAGCACUGUCCCACUAUGCAGAACUGAACUCAAAAAACACAAACCUGCAGCCUAUGAACUCAAGCAAGAGUUCUGGUCCUAGCAUGAGAUCCACUAGGGGUUGGUAACCCCCUUUCGCUUCAGUUCUACUUCUUGCACUAAGAAUGCACUUUGAAGACAAGUGAAGUAGAGAGAUGCUGCUGAAGUCAUAUGACAGUGCUGUGUUCACGACAGCUGUGGUACCUGGGCUACCUGAGUUGGUGUAGCUGCAUGUAAUUCAGCUACACAGAGCUGCUGACCUCUGUUGUGAGGCUUCCUGUGAUCUUCCUUGUUUCUUUCUUUUUCAUUACAGUGUUAAGCUGCAACAAGCAAUGUGGUAUGACUCAACCUCUGUUCUUGACUUUCAAGAACUGGUAUUCUAUAUCAAUAUCGGUUUUGCAGUAACCUCAACUCCCAACACUUUAAAUGCAAUGAUAGGCAACAGUGUUUGUUUACAAAGACUGUUAGGCUACAGGAAUGGUAUAUAACCGUUUAGGUGAGUCUGCACCAGCACUCAUGUCAUGUUUAUUUUGUUUUCCCCCAACCUUGUUUCCCCAGAACCUUUUUCAUUUUUGGUAUGAAUAAAUUUCUUCCUCUUAGAGUUGAAUCUAUGUAGGGUUUCCUCGAUAAAUACUUAAUCUGCCAAUCUUGCCCAUUCUUUUCCCUAUAGUUGCUACAUUGUGCUGGGGGGUGGGGGUGGGGAAAGAAUCAACUUUGAGCUUUUAAGCUGCCUGAUUUUGGUUCUUGCUAGUAGAAUGAAUGGAUUUUAUUUUUUUUAGAGAAAUGGAUGGAAGGGUACAGUGGUACAAGGCUGGGGUGGUGGGAGGCUGAGGAGGCAUGAGAUGCUGUGGGACUCCUGGCCCAGAUCAGUCUGUCAAAACUGUGUACCUCUUCAAUAAGGGUCAUGCUUGUGCACCAUCAGGAUGCACAAUGAAACAAGUCAUACAUGUAAUGUGGCACUCAGUUCUGCAGUAUAUUGUGUGAGGAGCUGCCAAUCUGGACAUACCCUCCUUCACUGAACCUUAGUUUAUUACAUCUGGGAGCCAUUCCUGUACUUGCCCACAUGUGUAAAAGUUCUUAAUGGGGGUGGGGAGGUCUAAUAUACCCAUCCUUCUCCCCGCUUGAUAUACAGAUGUUCUAUGAAUAUGAUGAACCACAGCUACUGGGUUAAGGUGUGCCCUUUUGGUCUGCUACCCAGGGUCCAUAGUUUUCACACCUCUUUAAUCUGCUGGGCCCUCGUUCUUCUCAGUCUAGAGAAGAGAAAGCAUUCUUCUGACCGCCAUUUUAUUAUAUUUUUAAUUAAUUUUUUAUACCAUCCGAUGGCUCUAGGUGGUUCACAAAACAAAAUAACUUCUUUUAAAUCACUGAAGGCCAGGCUGAAACAAAUGUGUCUUAGGUCUCUUUUAAAAGCUGCUAAAGAUCUCCUUGCUGAGACCUGGAAAGUACCGAGACACCUUGAGGCUUUCAGAGAGUCUGAAAUUCGGUGUGAGUUUGGGGAGAGCCCCUGCAGUUGCACAAGCAGUGGAAAUGCUCCAAGCAUUUCUGAAACUAGCAAGAUGGGUAUGGACCCCUGGCCCAAAACUGAGGAGGAGUGGGGCCUCGUCCAAGUCUCUGGAGCACCUCCAAAGCUCAGCAUCUUAUCAGAUAAAUCCUCUUCUUACUCUUGAAGGAAGGACAGGCAAGCCAAAAUUUGUGGAGUCAUGCUGCCCCUUCUUUGUUUUAUGAUUAGGUCUACUGUCCUCUGCUUUUAUGUUGGCGCAUGAAAAUAAAUCCUUGGCCAAUACUACCACAGCUCUGGGAAAGGCUUUGAAAGCUCUGUCAUCAAACUGUUCUUACUGUAGGCUAUAGUUUCUGUUGCUUCUGUCCCCUCAUAUACUGCUGUUUUUGGUUUUUGUUUCAGUAAAGUGGCUACAAUUCAUUACUCUGAGGCAUAGUUGAUCACUUUCAAGGGAUUUUGUGUGAGCCUAUGGCAAUGUUACUUGGGUACUAAAUAAUGCCAAUUGGAAUUGUUGUUUUUAUUUUGGUUCUACCACCAGCUUGAGAUUAUGUUCCCCAAAUGUGCCUGUUUCUCCCAUCUCUACUAAUGGCUACCUCAUGCAGCAGAAGUGUAAGCUUAUUGUGCACAAGCUGAAGCUGAAGCCUUUCACUGAUCCUCCUUGGGAAUCACAUAUCCAUUCCUGAUGUAUAGAGAAACCCUAUUUCAUUCCAAGAAAUCUCUUUUUAAAAUGAUUUUCUAAAUUCUUCUAUAUACUGAGAGAGACCUUCUGUGACAGUUUUCAGCUUGAUAAACCUUGUGUGAGUUGAAGGUUGGUUUGUGUUCACUAGGCUCGACUUGGGGAGCAAAUCGAAACAGCAGCCUCUAGAACAUUUUACACUGCUUGCUAAAUGCCUCCUCCUAUCUUAGGGUAGGGAUGUGAAUAAAACCGGUUUGCCCGGUAAAGACACAUAAACUUCAAAAAUCACUUAAAAAUCAGCCCUUUGCCCAGUUCCUUUCAAAUAAUUCUGAUAGUUUCCUUGCCCCCCUUGGGAACUACCACCCACCACACUCCACUCUAGGACACCCCUUUCCCCCCGACGUGAAGCUAUACAUUUGCUGAAAUCCUCAUUAUUCCCUAUGAGGAAUUCAAAAAUACUUUUUAAAUCCACCAAUAAUCAGAGGAGUGUCCAAUUGCAUUGGGGUUUUGUGGGUGGUAGGCACCCCUGGGUGCCUACCACUCACCCCGCUUUUGUGCCCCUAGGUGCUCCACAAUAGGAGAUAUGGGCUGGUUCGGGUCCCAUUAUAUCCUAUGAGAAAAAUAAUUAAAAAUAUUUCAAAUAUUCAUAAAAAAUCAUAGGGGUGUCCAAUUGCUUUGGGGUUUGGGUGGUAGGUACCCAUGGGUGCCAGCGAUCAUCCCACCCACUUUUGGAGGUUUGAACCAGUUCAAACUGGUUCGAAUUGAACCACCCCCAGUUUGGUUCGAAUUUGAACAUGCAGCUCGAACCUGAUGGCUGGUUUGGUUCGAAUUCAAACCAUCGAACCACCUUGGUUCAAAUUCAAACCAGUUCGAGUUCGAACCGGUUUGCACAUCCCUAUCUUAGGGUCAAGCCCUGCUUGUUGGCAUGCUUGUAAAUUGUUGCAGUUAAACAUCUAGGCUAGAUAAUUCCUAGCCUUGGUAAUUAGUGCUUUGGAAGUAAUGGCUCUCCUUUUAUCUAGGGUGCUUCCACUGUUUUUUUUUUUUUAAAGAAAAGGCAAUGUUACACAUUAUUAUCAAUGGUGGUCUCAUCCCUGAAAAAGCAAACGUCAUAGAGUGUGCUGAGCAUUUAGGUAAAAGCCUUUAACUAUCUUACAACCAAAGGCAUAGCUAAAACUGCAUGGUCACAAUUGCAAAGCAGAUUGCAGAAUUUGGCUCUUUCUGUGGUAUCUAGUGAACAUAGCAUGUUCCUGAGAAUCUCCAACUUUUUUUAAAAUGUGCUCAUGGGUACACAGAGAUGCUAUGACAGUGAGCUCCAUGUAUGUUAAAAGCUCUAAGAGCAUGCUCCUUUGCAUGUUUACUCAGAUGUGUCCCAUUGAAAUUGGCAGGAUUUACUGUCAAGUAAACAUGCAAGGUGGGGUAGAAAACUUGAUAUUAUUUUCAACUUCCCUGACUAUUCUUGGCCAAAGUCCCAUGAAUCCCAUUGCCUUUUCUGUGCCACAAAACUAUUUUGUAGUUGCGUUGGGAUAUUUAAUGCAGCAUGAGCAACGGUGACAUGAACAAGGAAUGAUAGCUUUUGCUCACAUGAAAUGGCACUGUGCCAUUUUAUUUGAACCAAUAGCAUUGGAUGGCUUCCAGAGCAGCUUUGGUAUAAGAAAUUGUCUCCUUCCCACCCUUCUCUCUCCACCUGAAAAACCUUUUCUCAAAGGUUGGAAACCUUCAAGCAUAUAUGAUGCAGUGCCGCAGCUUCAGGAGGAGGAGAGACCCUGGAAACCAUGGGGAGACACAUUCUGCUAGUGGAAGCUCCACUAUCAGAGGAUAUCUCUACACUAUUUCCACAGUCUCACUCCACUGUAGCCACCAGUGCCAUUUCACAUGCUAUUGUCCAUGGACCCUUCAAGGGAGUUCCUUUUUGGGGUAGUUCUGGGGCUGCAAGGAGGAAGGUAAGGCUUGUGCUAAUGUCACUCCAGCUGCUGCCAGUUGUCUUAAUUUUAAUUUCCAUCUGAUGGCAUCUUGGAUUUUGACAUGAAGUAAACCAAGAUUCAUAAUCUUCAUUUAUAGCCAUUGAUGGAUAUGGUAUUGUCUCUGUUUAUGUGCAUGCACACUUUUCAAAAAGGUCUGUUUCUUGAACCCAGAUAAACACUCCUGCAGUAUUUCUUUUUAUCGGUUUCUCUUUAAGAGGGAAAAUAGCUGGGGAUUGAAUUAAUCUGUACCACUUUUUUUUAUUGCUCUACACACCCUGUUUUAAGUCUCUGGAGAGUAAAGGAAAUUUUCCAUUACAUGAACCCUCUUUUGCCUCCCUUCCCCAUUGUCUGUGAGAAUGUAGAUGUUCAGUGUAUCUCAAGUCUCCGACUUCCAACCUCUAGAGUGAGGUUGACAGUUCUCUUAAUGAGGGAUCCAAAUAUCCAUCAUCUGAUUAAGCGUGAUCGCCAGUGAGUUCCUCUGGUAGCAAAUUGCUUAAACUGAACAGUAGCCCCUCUACUUCAUUUUUAAUUUCUGGUCCCAACCUUGAAGCAUGUGCAAUUAUUGGAUAUGUGGCUAAAUUAUCACAAUUGGGUCAGCAAUGAGCUUGUAACAUAAGUUAAAGGAUUAUAUCUUAUGCAUGUAAACGUUUCCACCAACCUUUGUAGAAUGGUCAGACAAAAGAGGGAAUUUUGUACAUAACUGGAGAUUCUUCUACUUCUCCCAAGGGAAAAAGCUACUGCUUACUUGCACAGGCUUAUGCUAAAUGUAUGCAAAUAUAUACAUGUCCAUUGUUUCACACUGAGGCUAGACUUGGUAACCAAUUCAUGCAAUCAAAUGUAUGCUGUCAUCUGGAAAUUUGUAUCUCACCCAAAUUACUAGGAUAACUACAGCAGGUGCUGGUUGUAAACAGUGAAAUGGCUGUAAGGGUGUUCCAUGGGUAUGCAAAUUGGCCCUUAAAAACCCUUUCUCCAUUUAUAUAUAUUUUAGGAGAAAAAGCUUGUUGGUGAGAUGUACAUUCCUUCUAAAAAAUCUAGCUUGUAUCUUUUUUGUGGCCUUCCCUUAUUUGCACCUGUAUCUGUUGAUCUGUUCCUCUGUGCUUUGGGAAGUGAAAAUUUCCUUUGUCACCGGAGAACUUACACUUUGCAUACAACAUAAUAGCCUGGAAGCGUUUUCAUAAUGGUUUCAUUCAUGGCAAGGGAAAUUAAUAGAAACGUCUGCUCCUGGUGAGUUGAGAACCAAAAUUCCCCUUCAUUGUUUUGUGAUCACAUCUUAAUAAAUUAAAUUAGCAUCUGCUCCAAAGUGAAUUGAAUAACAGUUGAGUUAUACUUUGUGAUGUACUUUGCAUUCUGUGUAUGGUUUACACAUGCUUAGAGUGGAGCACUUGGAAAUAUGUUCCAAAAUAUGUUGUGUUCUGAAUCUGAAAGUUCUUCAGUUCCUCAACUGGUAUCUAUCCACCCCUUUGUUUUAUGCAGUAUUCUUCUUGUGCAGUAGCAUCUUGAUCUGGUUGCCAACUGUAGUUAAGUUGGGUUGCUACCAGUGACGAAUUUGGCUGUGGCCAUUUAGCUACUUUCCAGAACAGAGCUGCUAUUCUAUGAAUGUGUCACUAAGGACUUAUUUACACAUUAUUUUACUAUGGAAGUUGAACUGAGUUAAGGGGUUAUUCUCCCAUUUCCCCAGUGUGUUUACACACUGAAGAGUGGAUCUAGGGCGAAAACUAAUUUGAAAGAAAUUUGGUAGUCCUUUUGAGCCCAGUGUAAGUGAUUAUAUAAACAAUAGCAGUAUUAGCUUUGUGGAACCAUUUCAUGCCACCUGGCUUUGCAUAUCAAGCACUUGUUAACAGGAAAGCGACUGAAACUGUGAUCAAGGGGUGUGGGUGAGCCUAGAAUUUCUUCCUGUUGAUAAGGGUGGCUGAUUCAGAAGUGCAGCCCUGAGUCUCUUUUGAAUAACUGAGGCUGUAUUUAAAAAAACCCUAACUCAGUUUUGAUAGUUCUGCAGUUCCCAUUCCCCAGUGGUAGAUAAUCUCCACAUUCCUUCCCAUGGCCCUUCUACAGUCUGUUUCAGGAGCUCCUGUUUUUCACACUGAGGCUUAGAUUACUAUUAGGUAUUUUCAUGGGGCAGGUGAGAGGAUUUAAAACCCCAGGACGGCAGCCUAACCAGUUUACUCCAAUAUUGUCUCCAGAGCACACAGAAGACCUAAUUGACUUACUCUAAUUAACACUAGGGGACUGAAAAUCCUACCAGCAACACCAGCUUCCAUGGUCCUGCUGGUGUAGCUCAAGCUGCUUGCUUCCAUUAUAGAUUUCUCCGGAUCUUCUUCCUUACUGGGUCCAAUUCUGUUUUAUUUUAAAUCGGUGCACACGUGGAAUAAUCCCAUAGAGUGGAUGAAUAGCACAGGCUAAUUCCUGUGGCAUAAGCCCUAGUCUUGCCCAGUUGGAAUGUUCUCAUUUCUGGUUGAUGUUAGUUCGGUGUGGCAUGAAAAACAUUUUGUAAGGCACCUUGUAGGUUAGGUUUGUUUCUUAUCUGUCCUGCUGAAUCCUCUCAAUGGUUUCUUCCCCAGUUUCCGUCUUCACAAAAAUAUUGCCAUAAGGAGGAGCAGCAGAAAGUAUCUUUUUGCCCCAGAUUCACAUUACAGUUCUUGUCGAUGAAGCUAAAGGCUGCUAUGUUUACUUUGUUUGUGAUGGUGUGGUUAAGUAAUGUUGGAGCCAUCCUUUUAGCUUCUGCUCAUAAUAGGUCAGUGGGUGGUGGGUGGGAUGGGGUGAGUGAGAUUAAAAUAAUUUCCAAAAGCAGCUUCAUUUGUGACACACAGCCCAUUGCCUCUGACCCUUGGGGUGUAACACUAAUUACUAAACGACAUCAGUGACUGGUUUGUUUCACUGUAGCUAACACAUCUCAACAGGUUACACUUUUGCAUAAUCUGCUGUGUCUCUGUUCUUUGUCAAUGUAUUCUGUAUAUCUUUGAUUUUUAAAAAAUUUGUUAGGAUAACUAAAUUUUUUUAAAAGAGCAAAUUUGUUUUGCUCUUUCUCUUUGUUUUUUUGGAUGUACUGUAAUAAAAAAAUGUAAACCAAGGAUGCCAAGCAGGCUUGGUUCAAUGGCUAAAAUUAUUAUUGUAUUACAGUGUAAUGCUAUUCUAGGCCUUGUCUCAAUAUUAGAGCACACAAACUUGAAUAAAACUGUUAUAAGCAGUCA